AAAACCAAGCAUUACUCAAGAAGGGAACGGAUUCCCUGUUUCACAUCCUUUGUCUACUUCGAGGGGAACACUUUUACUAAACAGAGGGAAAGGGAAGAAGUUUAGGCGACGGAGCUGGUUUCGCUCUGCUCGCCGGUCGCCAGACAAAAACCCAAAACGGAAAAUUCCUUCCGAAUAAAAAGAGAGUAAGAAAGAACGAAGAGGAAGGAGCGAAGAAAGAGAGAGAACGAGAAAAGAAUGGGGAAACGAAGCCCGGCCUCAGGUUCGUUUCGCCUAGUCCUUCUCCACGCUCUAUAAUUUUUCAUCUAGGUUAGGCGAUCAAAUUCUGUAGAUCUUGAAUCUGUCCGAGACCGCUGUGAGGAGUGGAAUCCACUGGGAUUUGAUCGGUAUCUGAAACUCUCGUUUGGAGAUCGACCAAGUCAAGGGGAGUGCAAGAGGAAAUGUGGGAAGCAUAAUUUGUCAUCUGAAGACCAUACUGAUGCACUGGCAAACAAAGAUUUGAGAAAUUUAUCAGAGAGUGAUAUGGAGAAGGAAAAGUAUGUCUUUUUGUCCAAGUUCAACAAUGCUGGGGAAAAGGACCUUCAAACUACUAAAAUUGUCUUGACAGAAAAAGGCAAAGAAUAUGCUGUACCAAUUGACAGUCCUCUGUCUCAGAAAGGUGAACUUGUUUUGGAAAUGGUUGAGAAUCAUACAGAAGUCUGUGUGGAACAGAAAGAAAUAAUGAUGAAGCAGGAAAAUAGUGCAAAUGAAACUGAACCUAGCCAAAGAAUGCCUGGUGAAUUAACCUCUUGUGUUGUACAAGAAGACAUUGCUCCAGUUUUUGAAACUGAUGAAGCUAACAAAGUGAAUAAGAACCUUAAGGGAGCAUCCUUUAGUAUGUCAAUAGUUACAAAGGAAAGUGAUGUUUCAAUGAUUGUAGGCUCUAGUGAUGAGAAAAGACCUGAAUUAUCUUUCAAAGAGGAUUCAAACUCUUCACUGCAAAAUGUUCAAGACCAUUCUUCUGCUGAUGUUACAGCUUUAUUGGAUAUCGUGGAUAUGGACUCCACAAUGAAGAAUGACAGGAAAGCAUCCGGUAAUAACAAUUUUAAUCCAUUAGUCGGUAGGAAUGUUGAUAGUUUGACAGAGGAUUUAAACAUGGCUUCAGUGAAGACCAGCAUGGUGUCUGGAAUAAGUUCAAACUCACAUGGUGUGAAUGUCACUUAUACAAAGAGAAAUAAAAGUGCCACUUCAGAGGAGAAAAGUGUCUCUUUCGGCACCUUUGAAUCUACUCAAAAGAAUGGCAGUAGCCCCUUGUCUCAGGUUGCUGAAAAUAAUAAUUUUGCUUGUAGCUCUGUAUCACUGGAAAAUGCAGGUUCAGAUACAGUGUACAAGAACGACACUGAAGCAUCGGUCGGUGGCUAUCUGGUAUUACUGACGAGGAAAGAAAGUUCAUCAAAGAACAAAGAUGAUAAUAUGGUGAAGAUGUGGGACAUGCUACCUAACAUUGAUUCGAAAUCCAACAUGUUUUCUGAGAUUAAUUCAGUUCCCGAGCUUGCUAAUAACAAUGAUUCAGUAUUAAAGGAACGCAGUACAGGAGAUGCAUUUGCUGAUGCAAAUAAGAGCAACAUGUUCACCGAGAAUUCAGUUUCUGAAGUUGUUAGAAACAGUGAUUCAAGUGAGUGUCAAAAAUUGAAACAGAAGGUGGAGGAAAAGGUUUUUGACUGUUCUCAGUUUAACAUAGAAGUUGAUCAGGAUGGUCCUCCUGUAACCACUUUAGUCUUGGUAGAAGUGGACAGAUUUAAUGUUGAUGAUUUCAUCGAAAACAACCAAAUCCUGGAUGUUGUUGUAAAAACUAAUGGUUCAGAAAUGAGUGCAGGUGAGGUUUCAUCAAGUGGGGAUCACUUUGUCCCUGAGGUAGCUUCAAACUCAUACCAUGCAGAAGCUUCCAGAACCUCAGUAGAAGUUUUUGCAUGUGGUGAUGCUGAUGGUUCUGAUAGGGAUCCUGUAUCAGAUGUAGAAAGAACAGUCAGGGAAUUGAAUGUAAGACAACCUAUACAUGCAGACCAAGAAUCUGACAGUGUACCAAGACAGAAGAAUGAGAAUUUGUUGGAUGACUUUCGAAAGGCUCCAGAGGGCUGUCUCAUUUCUUCAGGAAAAAAUCUGAAGAUACUUCCUUCUGAUAGCAAAGAGGGAGUAAGCUUGCCUCCUCCAAUUAGAGGUGUCAUAGAGAAUUCUAGUUCUUUUGAUCUACCAAGCAAACCAAAAUUGGAUUCAUCCCAUGAAAAAGGUUCUAAUUUCUCACUCCAAAUAAGAGAGAAAGUUCUCAUGGAUGACUCCCAUCUGAAUUAUCCUGUUAUAACUGGAGCUGGAUCAGAGAAUGUGAAAGUGGCUACUUGCCAACAUAAUGCUUCAAACUUUGCAUACAAUCAUGGAGAAACAACUAAUGAUCAGGAGAAAGAAGUGGCAUCUUCAUCAAUAAGAUAUGCUAUAGAGGAUGUCACCUCUUUAGGUGUAACCAAGGACCAAGAUGAGGAAACAAAAGCAGGGACGAUGCCACUUGAGGGGGCAUUAGUAAAUCGUACCGGUAAAAAGCUUCUUGUCCUUGAUUUGAAUGGAUUGCUUGCUGAUGUUAAUUCAGAUUAUCGGAAUAUUCGUAAAGCACAUAAAAGGGUUGGGGGCAAAGCAGUAUUCAAAAGACCUUUCUGCGACGAUUUUCUGAAGUUUUGCUUUGAGAAAUUUGAUAUAGGUGUCUGGUCAUCAAGGAAAAAAUAUAACGUUGAUGCUUUGGUUGAUUUUCUUGUGGGAAAUCUGAAACAUAAUCUAUUAUUUUCUUGGGAUGAAUCUAAAUGCACUCAUACUGGGUUUAAAACCAUUGAGAACAAGCAUAAGCCACUGGUGCUAAAGGAACUAAAGAAAUUGUGGGACAAAGAGGAACAGGACCUUCCAUGGGAUAAAGGACGGUACUCACCAUCAAAUACAUUGCUUGUGGACGACUCUCCUUACAAAGCCCUCUGCAAUCCCCCAUACACUGCUAUUUUCCCUCGCCCUUAUCAUUUUGAGGAUGUAGACGACAAUUCUCUAGGACCUGAAGGAGAUCUUCAUGUCUACUUAGAAGGGCUAGCAGUGGCUGAUGAUGUUCAACAUUACAUUCAAGAACACCCAUUUGGCCAGGAUGCUAUAACAGAUACUGAUCCUUCCUGGAACUUCUACCUUCAGGUCGUUGAGACAAUUGAGAAAACUUCAGUUGCAGCCUAAUAAUCAUGAUGAUGUUUAAGUGUCCUUGCAGUGCUAUAUUUUUGAGAGAUUGUAGGUCAAUGGGCCACUUGUUUUUGGUUCCUAUACCAUAGAUCAUCUGGUGAGAGAUGGUAAACUGAUUCUGCUCAAGCAUUGCUCAAACCGAAUGAAAGACAGUGGUAACAGCUGCUGAGGAUCUUUUCUUUUCUUUUCCUUUUUCACUUUACCUUUUUGGUGAAAGAGGCAAAAGCAAUUUACUGACUAUAGGAAGGCCAAAUCUGUAGUAUUUGACUGCUACAACAGCUCCGAAAUUGGAAAAAUCAACAUUAUGUUACAGGCUGUGGUUGAUUUUCCUGUAUUGAGAGAAUCACAGCAUCAUUGUAAUGAGUUUGACCACCAAGUUCUGUUGAAUGGGGCAGUCUGUUGCAAUCUAAUUUCAGUUGUGUAAAACCGCAGCCACUUAUUUAUUCAGUAAUUUCAUACCAAUGAUCAAGUUGCAGAACAGAAA